AAUGAGUUGCGAUUCCAUUUGAUUCUGCAUGUCCUCGGAAAAAGUGAAUUCAGGACUGAAAGACCGUUGACAAACGACUUAUUUGGAACAGAGCUUCAACAAAGCCUGCGCCGAAUAAGAAAUCUGCUGAAGCUUCCCAAAGCUCGCCGGUGGGUAAUAUGCGAGUUCUUUUACUCCGGUGUUGAUGAACAGCUUUUUCUGGGCGACAACGAAUUUGGACAGUUGAUUCGGGAAGCUUUUCCUAAUCUGAAGACAAUGCUUAUGAAUAAGCAGGAGUGGCGUGUAGUACGGCGUCUUUUAGGAAAACCUCGCCGUUGUUCGUCAAUUUUCUUCGAGGAGGAGCGACAAAUCUUGGAUCAAAGAAGACGAAAAGUGAGGGCUAUAUACGAUGGUUCGUUCACGUCCACGGCAAAUUGCGAUUUGAGUGACAUGCCGCCGAAUCUUCCUGCACCGUUAGUCGUUGGAAUGAAGGUAUUUUUUUCAUCGCCAUUAUGUCUUUCUUCGCGAGAUUGUACCACAGCGCUAGGUCGUCACGGUAGCAGUCGCAAAGCUUGA